UGAAUUACCGCACUCAACAAACGCAGUAAGCAUGUGUAUGUAAAUUGCAAUUAAUAAUAAGUGCGAUAUUGUUUACUUCAGAGUAAAGUGUUAGUGUUAACACUAUUUUAAAUGGUUUGAUUUUAAUCCUACGUGAAUCCUGAUUAUAAAAAAUAAUGACUCAACUAUAUGUGCUGUUUGAUCAUGCUUGUGGUUAUGCUGUAUUUCGUGUCACUGAAUACACUGAAACUCCUCCACCUCCUGCUACUAUUUUAAACUUGGGCAAAUUUCAGAGUUUUGUGAGCUUAUUAUCAUUUCAACCUUUCAAGACUGGUCGUGAUGCCUUGGAAAAUAUGAAAAGUGUUAUAGAAGGAAUACCUCAUCCUCAUUUACAGCAUUUUUUAGAGAAUAAUGUGCCUAAAUCUAAAAAGCAUCCUCCAAUUCUUGGAGUCGGUGAAGCCAAGUUAGGUGCAGCCAUUUCUGAAGCAUUAGGAAUAAACUGCAGUGUCUCAGGUGCUGUACCUGAAUUACUUAGAGGAAUUCGUUUUCAUUUUCAUAAACUGGUUAAAGGAUUCAAAGAUAUACGAGAUGUUGACAAAGCUCAAUUGGGCUUAGGACAUAAUUAUUCCAGAGACCGAGUGAAAUUCAAUGUAAAUAGGAUCGAUAACAUGAUCAUACAAAGUAUUAGCUUAAUUGACCAAUUAGAUAAGGAUAUAAAUACUUUCAGUAUGAGAGUGCGUGAAUGGUAUUCAUUUCAUUUUCCGGAGCUGAUAAAGAUUGUACCGGAAAAUAAUUUAUAUAUCAGAUGUGUCAAAGCCAUCAAAGAUCGUCAGAACAUGCCUGAAGAUAUUGAACAACAGCUUGAAGAAAUCUUGAUGGAUUCAGCUAAAGCUGCAGCGAUUGUAGAACUUGCACGUUCUUCCAUGGGUAUGGAAAUAAUUCCUUUGGACAUGGAAAAUAUCAUAAUAUUUGCAGAGAGGACAAUAUCUCUCAUGGAGCGCCGCAAAGAACUGAUGGAGUACUUGAAAUCUAAGAUGCACAAUGUUGCUCCAAAUCUUGCAACUCUGAUUGGAGAUACGGUGGGGGCACGUCUCAUUGCUCAUGCUGGCAGUUUAAUAAAUUUAGCAAAGUUCCCUGCUUCUACUGUUCAGAUUCUUGGUGCAGAAAAAGCACUUUUUCGAGCACUUAAAACACGUGGAAAUACUCCCAAAUAUGGUUUGAUAUAUCAUUCGACAUUCAUAGGCAGAGCUGCAAAAGCUAACAAAGGGCGUAUUUCACGAUAUUUGGCAAACAAGUGUGCAGUUGCUUCCAGAAUUGAUUGUUUUAGAGAGAUACCUACUGAGGUAUUUGGCCAGAAGCUUCGCCAACAGGUUGAAGAUCGUUUAAAGUUUUAUGAAACUGGAGAUCUCCCUCCCAAAAAUAUUGAUGUUAUGGCAGAAGCAGUGGAUGAAGCAGAAGUAGUGCAGGCUACAAUAGAAAAACAAAUCAAAAAGGCGAAGAAAAAAGAAAAGAAAAGGCUACAACAACAGAUGGCUGACUCUCUUCUGAAUUCAAGUGGCCAUUUCACAGACAUGACAAAUGAUUCAAUAGACAUUCAGGCUGACACAGAACAUGGGGAACAAAAUGGUUCGAUUAAAAAGAAGAAAAAGAAGAAGAAGAUUAAACAGGAAGAAGAAAGUUUUGAGCAGUUUAAUAACACUUCUAUCGAAGUUGAGGAAGAACCAAAAAAGAAAAAAAAGAAACAUUCUUUGUUAAAUUCUGAAACUGAGAUAGAAGUUAAUUCUAUUGAGUUUAGUGGGAAAAAGAAGAAAGAGAAGAAUUCAUUGGUGAAUUCUGAAUUUUCGGCUGAAAACUCAAUCGAAGAAAAUGAAAGCCUUGUUAAAGCAAAGAAGAAAAAGAAACGAAAGCACUCAGAAUCCGAAUCUCAGGUGGAAGAGCAUUUGAAUUCGACAUUAGAGAUAGAAGUUUCUCCAAAGAAGAAGAAAAAAAAGAAGAAGAUUGAGCAAAGUUGCUAAAAUAUGAAAACAUCUUAUGUUUAAUAAAUUUUAUUUUGAUGAAACUGAA